AUGCUGCCUUCCCUGGGCCUCCCCAGACUGUCCUGCAUGCUGCUGUGCUGCCUGAUGCUCCUGUCUCAGGUCCAAGGGGAAAAUUCCCAAAAGGAACUGCCCUCUCCACGGAUCAGCUGUCCCUCAGGUUCCAUGGCCUAUAGGUCUAACUGCUAUGCCUUGUUUAAAACACCCAAAACCUGGAUGGAUGCAGAUAUUGCCUGCCAGAAGAGGCACUCAGGACAUCUUGUGUCUGUGCUCAGUGGGGCUGAGGAAUCCUUCGUGGCCUCAUUGAUUAGGAACAACUUGAAUACCCAAUCAGACAUCUGGAUUGGGCUCCAUGACCCCACAGAGGGCUCUGAGCCCAAUGCUGGUGGAUGGGAAUGGAGUAGCAAUGAUGUGCUCAAUUAUGUUGCCUGGGAGACAGAUCCUGCUGCCAUCUCAAGCCCUGGCUACUGUGGGAGUCUCUCAAGAAGCUCAGGAUAUCUCAAGUGGAGAGAUCAUAACUGCUAUUUGAACUUACCCUAUGUCUGCAAGUUCACAGACUAG